AUGUCGGUCGACACGAACGAGAACAGCAUCGGCGUCGAUGUCCUCCGAUCGCAUAUCAAAACCUGGGAGAGCUCUUUCCAAGCGGAACAUGGACGCAAACCCGAACGCGCGGAUAUCAAGAAGGACGCGACUAUAGCUGCAAAGUACAAACAAUAUCAAACCGCGACGCGACCCUCCACCACCUCCCGAAAGUUCACGAAACCGCGAGACGCCCUUCGAGAGAAAUCCGGCAACAGCUCAAGCAACACAUCCAUAGCAAGGACACCUUCAAAAGCCUUCCGCACAACUACUCAUACCGCCGUCCUCUCCCCCGUCAAGGAAGUGGAACCCACACCCGCCCACAUCCGCCUCGCGCUCGGUCCCACGCCUCAAAAAGAUGGUCAAGUCUUGGGGAUUUUCGACCUGUUAUCCGGCACACCUUCACGGAACGACUCCGUAAAAGUCGCACAUCUUGUCGCUGGAACGCCGAGUAAAGCUACAGCAGUCUCGGCGGAAGGCGGCGUGGAGAGGACUCCUCAGUCAUCGAGUAAACGCUUCUACCUGGAUGCAUUUGCGGGAACGCCGUUGAAACGAAAGAGGGAGGAUGAGACGGCAACACCCAGCUCUUCGAAGAGGAAGUAUGCUACACCGUCCUUCCUGCGCCGCAGCUUCCCUCUCGCUUCGAUCGAUGAGGACGGUCCGGAUACAACGGGUUCAUCUAUGGCAGCGCCGUUCAGGAAGAGAGGUCUGGUGCGGAGUCUGAGCAGCAUUAUCCAAAAUCUCAAGAGGCAGGAGGAAGAGCGCAUGGACGAGGACUGGGAUAUCCUGAACGAGAUCGAAGAAGAGCAGCAGAACGGCGGCGAUGUAGCAGGAAAGAAAACCGCAGCGACAUCGAAAGUGCUGGUGCUGGAUAGUCAGACGGGAGACAUGCCUCUCGGACCUGAUAAAGCGCCGGAGUCGGGGGAAGACGACGAAGUGGUGGGCAAGGGUGAUCGACCGAGAAAGGCGUGGAAAAAGAAGGGACUGAAGAGGCAGACGAGACGGGUGAUUAUGCGGCCUGUGAAGCGGAAAGCUGGGAAGGAGGGAGCGGGAUUGGAAGAUGUGGCUGAGGAGGAGGAGGGACAGGAGGUGAUCGAGAAGGAGGUAGAGGUGGUACCGGAGACGCAGCUCGUGGAUGGAAGAGAGGAGAGUGAUGCGUAUGAGUCAAGUGGGGAGGAGGAAAGCGAUGAAGAGGGUGCUGGGAAGAAGACUUCGAAGCGGAAAGUCACGAAGGCGAAAGAGAAAGAUGGCGAGGCUGGAAACGGGAAGGAGGAGAAGAUCAAGCCGAAGAGGAAAGUGAACGAGUUGGCGCAUGCGAACUUUUGCAAGUUGAAGAUCAAGAACAAGAACUCCAAGGCCAAUGGAAAGGGUGGUGGGAGGAAAUUCGGCGGCAGACGUUAG